AGAGGUCCAGGACCCUAACGUUGUGGGGGUCUGGUUGCGUCCUCUUGCCCUGCCUGUUGGGAUUAUUCAUUUCUGGUCUCUGUAGGAUGGACACCUUCUCGCCUCUCUGUCGAUGAUGACAAUGAGCUGGGCCACGUCACCCUGUCCCUAGCGAAAGGUUAUCACUUCAUUGGGGACAUGAGAAAGGUCGGGUUGCUGGGGCCGUGCCUGUCUCCCCUCUGCUGGAGAAGAUAAGGGAGGCACUCAGCUUUCUUCAGGCAGAGUGUGGGGGAGCCACGAUGUAUAAAUGGGGGGCCAAGAGGCAGCGGAGACACUGGCCCACUCGCACGUCCGAGGCAUCUCUGUCCAGCAUGGCCAGGUACACGCUGCUGCUGCUCCUGGCGGUGUGGGUGCUGACGGGGGAGCUGUGGCCGGGGACUGAAGCCCGGGCAGCGCCUUACGGAGUGAAGCUUUGCGGGCGAGAAUUCAUCCGAGCAGUCAUCUUCACCUGCGGGGGAUCCCGGUGGAGACGAUCGGACAUCCUGGCCCACGAGACUAUGGGAGAUACCUUCCCGGAUGCAGAUGCUGAUGGAGACAGUCUGGCAGGCCAGCUGGAUGAGGCCAUGGGGUCCAGCGAGUGGCUGGCCCUGACCAAGUCACCCCAGGCCUUUUAUGGGGGGCGACCCAGCUGGCAAGGAACCCCCCGGAUUCUUCGGGGCAGCCGAGAUGUCCUGGCUGGCCUUUCCAGCAGCUGCUGCAAAUGGGGGUGUAGCAAAAGUGAAAUCAGUAGCCUUUGCUAGUUUGAGGGCUGGGCAGCUGUGGGCACCAGUACCAAUGCCCCAGUCCUGCCAUCCACUUAACCAGUGUCUGGCUGGGUACGUGUCUUUCGAGCCU